ACCGCAUUGUUUUCCGUGUACAGAGAAAAAAACGAAACAAGAGAAAUCUAUAACAACAGCAAAACAAAAACGCUCCUCUUUUGAACUCUUCUUAAUUCUUAUCCUUCAAUUCUUCCUCAUCAUCGUGAAAUCUCAGCAGAAUGGGAGUUCCAGAAAAAGACCCUCUUGCUCAAUUGAGCUUACCUCCUGGUUUCAGAUUCUUCCCCACUGAUGAGGAGCUUCUGGUUCAGUAUCUCUGCCGUAAGGUUGCUGGCUAUCAUUUUUCUCUGCCAAUCAUUGCUGAAAUUGACCUGUACAAGUUCGACCCUUGGGUUCUACCAGGCAAGGCGAUUUUCGGUGAGAAAGAGUGGUAUUUUUUCAGCCCCAGGGACAGGAAGUACCCAAACGGUUCUCGACCUAACAGAGUUGCUGGCUCUGGGUAUUGGAAAGCCACCGGAACUGACAAAGUCAUUACCACUGAAGGUAGAAAAGUUGGAAUAAAAAAAGCACUCGUUUUCUACAUUGGCAAAGCACCAAAAGGCACCAAAACUAACUGGAUCAUGCACGAGUAUCGCCUUCUCGACUCUUCGCGGAAACACAAACUUGGCAGCUCCAGGCUAGAUGAGUGGGUUUUGUGUCGCAUAUACAAGAAGAAAUCGAGCACGCAGAAGGAAGCGGCAGCAACAUUUUCGAGCAAAGAAUGCAGCUAUGGAUCUUCAUCGCCGUCCACGUCGUCUCACGUGGAGGACAUGCUGGAGUCGUUGCCGGAAAUCGAUGACCGGUGCUUUGCGCUGCCGCGCGUGAACUCGCUCCGGACGCUGCAGCAGGACGAGAAGUUGGGUUCUGCCACCGGGAUUUUCACGGACUGGGGUAACCCGACGGAUCUGGACACAGUGCCCGAGUUUGUUCCGGGGAGCCAGGCUCAGUGGAUGGGGAAUUACAGUUGCAAUGACCUUUAUGUCCCUUCUGUGCCGCAGUUCGGCCACGUGGACUGGUCCGCAACAACUAGGAACACGGCGGAGGAAGAGGUUCAGAGCGGUGUGAGGACCCAUCGGGUUGCUGAGAGUUCCGGGUUUUAUCAGCAGAAUCCGGAUUUGACCACGCAGCGAUUAUUGCCCGGUUCUGUUGACCCGUUUGGGUUCGGGUAUUUGGGUCAGCAAACUGGGUUCGGUUUCAGGGACUGAAAUGAAUUAGUUAUUGGUAGCUUAGGUUUGGACAGUGGGUUGAACAAAAAAAAAAAGGAUUGGAUGAUAGUAGGAUGUAGAUCUUCUCAAGUUGAACUUCCACAUUAAGACAAAAAAAUAGUUGAUCUUUCAAUUAAUAUUGUACUUAAAUUUUUGUUUUUGUCAAUUGUCUCUAUUAAUCGUAUAUAAUAAGUUAAAUUCUACAAA